ACUAAAAAUAAAUAGAGAUUUGAAAUCCAAACCCUUCCUUUCCUCCAUCGACUGGGGUCAUCACGAGUUGAUUAGUCGUGAAUGAUAUGGUGAAAAGUGGAACCUCAUCCUCAUACAACCAACAACCCAUCUUUGCACAACUAGGGAUCAUGUUGCUAGAGAUUAAAACGAUCGUGAUAAAGAAGGCAUUAGCGGCCUUUUCGUGGGUGGAGAUGAUACGCUUUGAGGCAGUCCUCCAUAGACAUUAUAGAGAUCAGUCACUAAUCCCAGAGGAGAACUAUGUUCGGGACCAAACUGACUGCCUUCUCAUGAUUUGCAACAUGAAGAUGCAUGUUAAUGCCCAAGGAAAGGUAGAGUACAACCCUAGGGUGCAUGAGACCCGCGUGUUUCUGCUCCUCUUCCUCCCGGCCCCCUGCAACCCGACGAGCUCCCCAGCCACCGCCACCCAUUUUCGGCCAGGAACACCGGUGAAACUGGGGGAUUUCUCCUCCUUUUCUUGUUCUAGAACACCUAUUAAACCCAAGAAACUCCCAGAUCUGCUCUGCUCUUCUUCCCUUGUCCGCGAGCUGUUUCCAUUGGGUGCAAUUUCUGGGCUUUUUCGAGUAAGCCAUAGCCAUGAAAUUCAUCCUCUCUCUCUUAAUUUGGCUUGGGUUACUCUAAUUUUGUUGUUGGUUCUUGAAUUUCUGGAGUUUUGCCGUGAAUUCCCUCCAAAAUCCCGUCAGCUUCCAUGUUCGCCGGACCCAGCUUUUGCUUGCCGGAAAAUUCUAGAAGUGAAACCGAGAACGGGAAAACCAAGGGGAGUGACGAGGUAGAAGGCUAGCCAUUCUAAUUGGAUAUAAGUUUUAGAUUUUAUUUUUGAGAUUUUGUGAUUUGAAUAAGUUUCGAGCUUUGUGCAUUUGUGGGACUCGUCUCACGAGUGCACGGUGUCUGCCAUGUCCUCGGAUUUGGGUUAUGAGGCGUGACAUCCAUUUAUACAAUGAGGGAUGAGUUUGGAAAUGUAAAGUGGGCGGUAAUGUAGAAGAUAUGAGCAACCAACAACGAAUAGUAUACUUGGUGAUUAGAGUGGGGUGCAGUUGAUCGAGAUGGACCAUGGCAUAAGUUCAAUAAGGGGUACGCAUUGCAGCUUCUGCCACGCUUUUGGGAUUCGUACAUGGGAUUGAGUGUCUACAACAUAGGCAUCACGUGGCAAUAUUCCUAUGUGGUGCGGGGUUUUGACCAAUAGUGCCGAAGGUUAUUGAACCAAUAUCCAUAAUUCGCAAUUUUGCUGCCAAACAACGAACCUUCGCCCUCUGAUAGGGAUGCCUACAGGCCAUGGCCAUCUAGGUGACAAAAGUAUCUAGUUAGCCAUGCAAUAGAAUCAACAAUGGAUCAUGUGCGGGUAGCAAGAGGGCGGAUCCGACACUUAAUGGAGGUAAGCAGUGGUGAGGUUAAGUAUUUGUGCUUUGUGUUGUUGUGUAAAUAUGUGUCGUAGGUAGCAAGGGUCAACAAGGUUGGACAUGGAAGUGGUCCGGGGGGGAAGGGUGUGCUUUGCUUCAUGUGUUGGGGCCCUUUUGUUGACUUUAUAUAUAUAUAUGGUGUAAAUAUGUGAAAGACAUCGUUACCUCUAUCACUAUAAAUCUUUUAUUUUUGA